AUGCACUUGAUUACGACCUUAUUUUAUUUGCCUUUGGUGGCUGCUGGAUGCAGAACAGUUAAAUUUAUCAAGGAAGAAGGCGUUGCCCUUCAGAAUCACGUCAUUAAAACUGUGUCUGAUUCUAAACCAAUAUCAUGUGGCUGGCAAUGUGCAGACACUCCUCUGUGUUUCUCUAUGAACGUCAGAAGGUUACCAAAUGGAAGGGUUACGUGUGAGCUGAACAAUUCCAGCAAAACCGCCGACCAACAAAAUUUGAUACUAAGUCCCGGAAGUCAAUACCAUCAGUUAGCGGUAAUGCAUGCUAUUACUAGCCUUGGUAUUUAAAAGAUUCUCUAUCAGAUUCUCCUCUAUCAGAUUCUCCUCUAUCAGAUUCAACUGUGCAGAAGGAAAAACGUCCUGAAAUUUAGCAUGUUGUGACCUGAUUGAAGAGACAAACAUCAGAGCAGUGUCUAAGGCUAUAAUGAAAAUCUCUAGUUCUCGAAACGAACAGCGUGAUUGCAGGCUGGCUCUUCUAAAAUGUAUGUUUAUCUUACUUUUAGGAAAUUGAACGUUGUACAGCGGACCAAUGCAUCUACAAAGACGGUAAAACUGCUCAAUGAAACUUCUUUAUUCUGCAAUAAGCUAAUCACCUCCUCUUGAUAAUAUUUAAAGCUUUUGUCAUCACUUCCUUUUUCCCUUAUUUCUCCCCUGAUUGACACCUUUUGCGUCCGUGGAGUUACUCGAUUUAACAUUUCUCUGCUAAAAUCAUCACAUUGUAGAUUCACCGCUGUAUUUAAAGUUCUGUAUAAGCAGGGGCUCAGUCGCUCACGUGACGCGUUUAAGCCAAUCACGCGCGAACAAACACAUUAGAUGGAUUAUAACGCUGUUUGUGCAUUUUAACAGCUCUUCCAGAUGACUGGUACAGAGUUGGUUCCAAACUCUUUAAAUUGUUUCAUGACAGAAAGACCUGGGGACAAGCCCGACAGUUUUGUCAGUCAAUUGGUGGAGACCUUUUGUCAAUAAACCGGGAAGACGAAAACAAAUUUGCAUUCCAGCUACUCAACCAGAUCAAGCCAAAUAUAGCAGGCACGUUCACCAAAUCCAUUUAUACUUUUUUUAAAAUCAUAAAGCUUAUGUUUUCCCAGAAAAUACAUUCAUACCCUUAACGAUUAGUUCUUACCUAUGAUCUAUCAGAGGCAUAUCCUUAGAUUCGUCAUCAGUAAGUGCGUCUGUUUGGUUUUUGGUACAAAACGUCAACAUUUAGUAACUUCUCCCCGUUGGCUUUUAUAUGAUAUCAAAAGCAGUUCAUUGAAACUCUAGCAAUUGAAAUAAGAUCUGGAGUGAAUUCUUUGUUCUUUAUAAUAGGUAAAGAUGUGAUUGGUCACUGGUUUCUGGAUGGUACUGACGUUGAUGUCAGGUUAGGCUCAGCACACUCUUUAAAAGUUCCCACUGACUGCACUGAAUGACACAUUCCCCUAAUUGCGUGCGUGAGGGGGCGGGCGUUACUUUUGAGAACGUGAUUGCUUGCACGUCAUCUAUAUUACCUGUUUGCGGCUCAAAAAAACAAACCGACAGUGGGAUGGGGUUCCUCAAGUACAGGUGAUCCACUAGAGAGAGUGAUGCGAUAUGUAAUAAAAACAAUCCGGCACAUCUUCAAAUGUUAGCACGACGCAAUAAAAAGGUCCCUUCUGCCAGAGAACCCGAUCUUCUCCUCCAUAAAUCUCUGCAGUGGUUAAAAAAAAUGUUGUGUUUUUAAUAUCACUGAGAAUUCUUAUAUUUUUUAAUAGUUUAUUUCAUCGCCAAGUACUUAGGCUUAUGCAGACUGGUGUCAGAUUUAUUCAGGUUAUCCGUCCUUACUCCCUCAACUUAAGCGACGUUGAGCACGAUCUCUGAUUGGAUUCCAGCUGAACACAAAGCAUCCAUCACAAAACACUCUAUUUUAUUCUUUCAACAGUCUUUUCAAUGGAGCGAGAUAUAAAGAAGAAAGCUCCCGAAGUGCGAAAGCAUUGUACCUCGACGGACAGUUUGCUUAUGCCACAACUCCAGCCGUUAACUUUUUGUCAAUCAGUUUCACUUUGGUCAGUUGGGUCAAAUUGGAGGAUCCUGUUAGAAGUCCGUCGACCAUAUAUGGAUAUUGGAAAAACCCCAACCUUUUCCGUUUCACCGCCUUCCUCGGCGACAAACUCCAAUUUGAAUUUCAGAAUCGCGACGCGCAAGGAGGGUUCCAGGACAAAAUCGAUAUUAGGGGAGGGUAAGAAUAAAUCGAAUAAUCCUCACUGUUGAGCGAUUUCGUGCACUGGAAAUCCGCGUUUCUUUUUACAUUUCCUCCUCGACCUCCCCUCCCCCCCUCCCCCACUCUCCUCCCCCUCCCCCUAACAUUUUGAGAAACGUCUGAGUCAGGUUAAGAAGACAGUCAACUCUAAAACUCGAAAAAAUAUCUGCUGCCGAAUGUGAGAAAUAAAAGGCUAGAGGGACAUUUCCUAUUUUGGCAUUUUAGUUUCCAAAGCUUUUUGCAAUUUUUCAGAAAUCCCGCCUAAACUUUGUGUUUCAUAUAUGGCCUUUAUCUUGACAGAAAUCCGAAUAAGGAGAUAUGGUUCAACGCUGCCGCGGUGUGGGACAAGACUAUGAAUAAAGCUUAUUUAUAUCUUAACGGCAGAGAAGUAGGGACUUCUGAUGGUCCGAGUGGCUUUGAUCCAACCGAAUUUAAAUAUACAUUCUAUGACAUUGGACUGAAGAGAGACGGCAAUCACACAAUGAAAGGAUAUUUGAGAAACCUGAUGAUUGUUCGCUCUGCUCUGACUGGUGAAGAGAUUUUAAGAAUGAAAGGUACAACAAAUUAAAGUUAACCAGUUAAAACAGUCAAAACGGCAACUAAGUGCCGAGUCGCACAGACAAACUUCAGACACUCCCGUUUAGAAAUUAUAAGAAUGAUUACCACAUGUUUAAGCGAUAAAUACUCAUUUUAACAAGAGAAAUUUGUUUUGUUCUUUGAUUUUGGACAAAAAGAACCUCAUUACCCAACGAGGAAUCGAGCCCAAGACCAUCGGAAUUUGCGUUCCAAUAUCCUAUGUCUUAUUUUGCGGUUAUACUGACAUAAUAUGUUAGAAAUAGUUUACUAAGGUAUCUACCUGAUUGCAAGAAUUAGUCACUAACUGAAAGAAACGGAAUGCGAACUUAAUAACAGUACCAUAUCCAUCUCAUGCAACCUUGAGUAAUUCCAAAAUCUUACAUACUUUGAAAACGUGUAGGCUAAUUCUGAUCCAUGUAAAAUGCAAAAUUUGCUCUGCGAAAAAUCCUUCAGAGUUUUCUUAGACUGCCUUUAACCCAGAGACCAACGUACCAGUUGAGCUUAGUUGCGAAUUCGCUUUGGAAGUCCUGUUUCCAUUCUGGAUUUACUUUUUCAGAUCUAAAUAACGAAGCCUUUGCUGGUGCUUGGAUCGGUCUAAAUGAUUUACGCACAGAAGGAGAUUAUCAUUGGCCCGAUGGUAGUCAGGUGACAUACGAAAAGUGGCACCCCAACGAGCCAAAUAACGCAUAUGAAUACCAAAACUGCGUUCAAAUGCGUAUCAGUGACGGGACCUGGGACGAUGCGAGCUGUGGAAAGCGUCUUCCUUUUCUUUGUGAAAAGAAACAUUGA